AUGUCAGCCUACGAUAUGAACUUUGAGCAACGAGCGCCUUCGAUGGAUAUGACUUCAGUUGAGCUGAGAGAUAUGAGUUCGCCGGCUCCAACAUACAGCUCUACCUUUCACUCAGAAGACAUUUCCAGCACGUCGCCCCGACAUGCCUCCGUAGCUACGUCGAAGAGCGGCACUCCGAACAACCCAUAUUAUCAGUCGAACAAACAUUGGCCACUUCCUUUGACACCUCAUCCAGAGCUAAAGGCACCUGCAAAAGACGAGGAGGAAGCUCAAGUCAAGCCUGACUAUCAAGACCCAAAACACCCUCAUUUUGCACAAUCUAUCGGCCCAGACUUCCCAACAACACUUCCUCCACGCAGCCGAAUGCCACAAAAACGAGUGCUUAUACCAUGGAUACUCUUCAUAAUCUUCUUCCUCAUAACAUUGUGGUACACGUCGAUGCUAUUUGGCGCACGCUUCCUCUCCAUCACCCGACCCCUACCACCCCCAACACCACAAAUUAACGUCUACAUCAACGGCGACAUCUUCCAGGGCGCAGCUACACUCUCCAUAUCAACGGCAGUCAUACAAACCAGUAGCCCGACGUCUACCCCACCACGCCCAACACCAACGCCUGAGCCUAGUAGCAGCGGAGAUGCACUUCCCGAUAUGAGCAAUGACCUAGAUAGAAUAUUCACACAGCAGCAGGCGCGCAGCAUAGCGGCGCCUACGGCUUUUGUAACGGUCACGAGAGGGUGGGAUAGUUUGAGGGAUCCAGGAUGUAUGGUUUUGGGUUGUAAACAUGUCGCUGUGCCGCAAUACGACUUCUAUGCGAGGCUGCACCAGUGGCUGUGA